AAAUCUCGGAGCGACUCUCAGCACCGAGAGAAGAAAACACUCCACUGAACUUCUGUGGUCUCCAAUAAUACUGUUCGGCUUGAUCUGAUAGCUGUGCGGAUUGAAUCACAUUGGAAGAUUGCCCCGGAUUUCCCGCGAAGAACGCAUGUGCUUCGAACACGAAUGGCGGAUGAGAAAGCUAAAACGGUGGCGGACCAAAGACUCGAAUUACGGAGAUCGAACCUGAACCCUGUACGCGCCACUGAGAAGGAUCUUGCUCUUCGAGACUCGAGCUAAAAAAAUACCGCUUUCGUGAGGAAAAUUAAAACCUUCAACGAAGCGCAGCUGACGUCGGUUUUGAGCGACAUAAAAACCUUGAACUUGUCGAAAUACAUCUCUGAAAUCUGUCAAGGCAUUGUUGAGGCCAAACUAAAAUUGAGCGAUGUCACUUCCCUCGUUCAGGUGUGUUCAAAGCUGCACAACGAGUACGGGGACUUUGCUCAAUGUCUUCUGGACAAUUUCCAAAAGUCGAUUGGCACGCAAGGCGUCAACCCGGCUAAAGCUCGCGUUGACUUGAGACUGACAGCCGAACUCCUCUUGUGUGGCGUAUUCCCCCUGAAAGAAGGUUUCCAAGUGAUGAAACAGUUCGUUCAGGAAAUGUGCAAUCAGAGUCAACAAUCCUUGAGCUCCAUCAUCUCCCUAUGCAAAACUUGCGGGGAUGAGCUUUUGGCCCUGGGGAGUCCCGGGAUCGAGAUUUACAUUCCUAUCGACAAACAGAAAUCUCUCCGGACGAUGAUCCGCGAGUACUUCAAGUCGAUUGGGCGGUUCGCCACUCGAGAGCACGGCGACCUUUGUACACUUCAGAAACAAUACCGGAAUGCCGUGCAGAACAAGGGAGCGGCCCCGCCCGAGCUCUCCGAGAAACUGGAAAGCGCUCAAGCAUCAUUCGCGAAACUGACCUCUUCGCUCGAGCAGUUGGCCGCGAUGCUGGGUGAGACCCCUCCACAGUUCGCAGAACCUGAAGAGCCGCAGGAGACAGAGGGUAUCGUGCAAGGGGUUUCUCAGGACACCGAACUAUCCGAAGAACCUCUCUGGGAGGAUGCAGACACGCAAGCUUUUUACGAGAAUCUCCCGGAUCUCAAAGCAAUAAUGCCAGCAAUUUUGAAAGAUAACGUAAAAGACGAGAAGGUGGGCACCUAUAAUAUAAUUAGGGGAAAUUCCAGCGAGGAUGGAGAUACGGAACAUGAAAAGUCAACGUCUCCGGCUCCUGAGGGAGAUACUGAGAAUGACGAAGACGUAGAAGUGAAAGCGGAGAAGGAAAUGUUGAAGGUCGAGACGAAACCUCAAUUGGAUUCGUUCCUAAAAGAACUUCUCAACUGCGUCAAUCGGGACACGAUCGAUCAGAUGGCCGAAAAGUUCUGCUUCAACCUCAAUACACGAACGAACCGCUACAAAUUGACUAGGGCUCUGUUCUUGGUGCCACGGACGCGGUUAGAUCUGCUGCCAUUCUUCGGCCGACUCGUCGCGAUUCUGAAACCAGUCAUGCCGGAUGUUGGCGAAGAACUCUGCACACUCCUGCUUAAAGAUUUCUCCUACCAACUCCGCAAGAAAGAUCAGAUGAAUAUUGAAACCAAAGUGAGUGAAAACUGUCGUUUUUUGGCGGAAUUGACCAAGUUCCGAGUGCUGCCAGCAUCCGAGGCCCUGCACUGUCUGAAACGGCUCAUCCAGGAUUUCUCUCAUCAUACGAUCGACAUGAGUUGUCAUUUGGUCGAGUGCUGCGGACGAUUCCUCUUCCUUCUACCUGUGAGCCACGGGCAAACCCGAGCUCUCGUGGAUCAGAUGCUCCGCAAACGGACCGUCCAGAACCUCGAUCCUCGACACCAACAGAUGGUCGACAACGCGUGUGCCGUAGUGACUUCUAUCACGGCACCGAGAGCGCCCAUCAAAGUGGUGAAGAAGCCCCCUCUCGAAAGAUACCUCCGUAAACUGCUCUAUCAAGAUUUGACGAAAAACUCCGUGGACAGAAUAGUCCGACAGCUCCGCAAGAUCGAUUGGACCGACGAAAGUCAGAUGAAUUUGGCGCUGUCUUUGCUGACGAAACCCCACGAGCUUCGCUACUAUAAUAUACGAGCUCUCGCGAAUCUUGUUGCCGAGUUAGCUACCUAUCAAGAUGCGAUUGGACCUCGCGUUUUAGACGCAGUCGUCGAGGAUAUUCGACUCGGUAUGGAAAUCAACGAUCCGAAGUUCAAUCAAAGGCGAGUCGCUGCGGUUCACUACUUGGGAGAACUGUACGACUACCGCCUCUCGGAAAGUGCCCUUAUCUUCUCUGUGCUCUAUUCGUUGAUUACGUUCGGAGCCGGAACGCCCCUCGAUCCUCCGGAGAACGUGUUCAGACUUCGGCUGGUCUGCGUUCUCCUGGACACGUGUGCGGUAUACUUCGACAAGGGGGGCUCAAAAAAGCGACUCGAUAAUUAUCUGCAUUUCCUCCUGCUCUACUUCUGGAAGAAGAAAGAAAAUUUCGGGGAGGGCUUCCCUGUGACCGUGGAGCUACUUCUUCGAGAGAGCAUCCAACCCCUGAGACCGAAAUAUCAAUGGCCAAAAACUCUUGAAGCAGCUCAGGCGGCCGUGGAGAAAUUAUUGAGUCAGGCCGUCAUAUCAAAAGCUCAAGACAAAGAUUCGCAGAAUAAUAAUGUGAGGGCUUCAUCAGUUCGAAAUCGCGGUUAUGGAGAUUUUUAUUCCCCGCAGAAUCUCCCGAACGAUACUGUCGACCAAAACUAUGACUCCGAAGGACUCUCAGACAUAGGAGAGGACGAGGAGGACGAGAACGACGACGACUUGGAUGAAGAGGACGAGACCGAGAGUGAAGAGCAGAAGGAGCCCGCGGAGGUUGUCGUCGAUGAGUUCCAGGCUGAGUUCGAAGCCGAUUUCGAAGAAAUGGUUUCUGACAGCUAUAACCAAAGAGCUCAUGACAAGAUCGUUCCUCAAGUAAAAGAGAUCAUGGUGCCUCAAGUCAACAACCAGAAGAGCUCUCAGUCGAGCGUAGCAGCAUCGACCGGCCAAAACGGAUCUGCUCCCGCCAACUUCAUGAUUCUGAUCCGAUCUCAAAACAAGAAUAAACCGCAACUCAAACAUAUCGAGCUGGAAGACAACAACGAGCUCGCGCUGAAGAUCGCUCAAACCCAGAAACGAGAGCGCGAAGAGAAACUCCGCGUGAAACAGCUCACGCUGAACAUGAACAUGAGACAAGAAGAAGAGUCGUGGCAUGAUGACACGCCCGACGGACAUCUUGUCGGACCCGAAAGGAAAUUCCAACAUCCGAAAGGUGCGCCGGAUGCGGACCUGAUUUUCGGUUCGAGUUCUCGACGGAAGUGAUGUUCCGAAUCCGCCCGGAGUGACGAACUUGGACGGGACCGUCGUCCCGAAGAAGAUUACCAUCAUUGAGUCUUUGACGCGUCGAAAUUUGAUCCCCAAGGCUUGACAAACAACAUUGACUAGACCGAGCGUCGAAACGAUAAGUGAGUGCGUCACGAGGACUCACUCGGAGCACUUGAACACAUCGACUCGCAGCCAGAUCUCGACCGACGUGAAGUCGAACGCGAAUCGAUGGCCUUCGAUUUCAUCCGCAGGCCUCAUGAACGACCCUCUGGGCUCAUCAUCCAGGUGACCUGGACUUGAUCAUGAUCAUGAUCAUGAUGAAUAACUUGAGGAGCACGAACGCUUGAAAAUCGAUGCAGUUCACUACAGGCAGCCGAAUCAGCUCUCGGGCCUUUCUAAGUUUUGAAAAUUCCUCAGACCAAGGGGUUUGUAUUCCGAAUCCUCAGACCGGUGACAAUGCGGAAGCUGUAUCGACGGAACGUGCACAGCGAGAGACGGGGAUUCAUUCAUGAAGUCGAGUUCCCUGAAGAGUCUCCGUCUGCUUCUCGUGCGCGAGGGAAGAAUAUUCCCCUAGGUUAUCGAUAUUGCUUUAUCUUCGACGGCGAUCCGGAGUGCGACGCUUGUUCACCCAAUAAAAACUUGUUCUGAUAAUGAGA